AUGUGCCAUUUGCUUGUGGAGGCUCGAGCUACAGCAAGCAUCGGGGCGGACCAUGUUCCGAGGAAGCUGGGGACAGCCAGGCAGCCGCGCGGGCUCCGCCACCCCAGGGAGCUGGAACUGGUAACGCGCCCCAAGCUGCUGCUGGGGGAGGCCCCUCCCCAGCCCCCCAGAGACGAAGCCACGCCGGGGGGUAGCAGCAAUCUCAGCACCAGCUUCACCGCCAGUUCGGCGAGGAGCACCAACAACAACAGCGCCAGCAGUAGCAGCAGCAGCACCUCGGGAUCCAGCAGCACCAUGGAUCUCUCCUUUAUGGCCGCGCAGCUUCCAGUUAUGGGAGGAGCCUUCAUGGAUUCGCCCAACGAGGACUUUAGUACGGAAUACUCCUUGUUUAAUUCCUCUGGCAACGUCCAUGCAGCUGCUUCAAUGCCGAACCAGCCUGAAGAUGCCUCCCGUUCUUCAAAUGACGCCAUUUUGUUAUGGAUUGCAAUUAUAGCCACAAUUGGAAACAUAGUUGUUGUUGGAGUUGUGUAUGCCUUCACGUUCUGAGAAGAAAGGACAACAGCUAGGGGAGGUGGACAGUUGCUGUUUCAUCAGCGCAGAGUGUGUGUGUGUAUGUAUGUAGAUAUAUAUAUAUAUGCGCACAUGCCUAUAUACAAAUGUAAAUCUUUUUAAAUAUUUGUAGGUAGACCCUUGUUAGCUAAGAACAAGCUUAACAAUAGGUGACCAAAAGAUAAUGAGGCCGGGGAGCCACCCUUGAGGUCCUUUGUAAAUGAUGUGGGGAGGAAGCAUCUCAUUAGCAGCAUAAUCAAUUAAAUGUAAAGCUUAACAUGAAAAGCCAGUGAAUCUAGCUCGCUAUUGUCUUACUGACUGGCAGCAGAUCUCCAGGGUUUCAGACAGAGGGACUUUACCCCAUCUCCUAUCUGGAGUUGCCAGGGAUUGAACCUGAGACCUUCUGAAUGCAAAGCAGAGGCUUCACAACUGAGCUACAGCCUUUCCCCAUCAUGCAAACUGCAACGCACACAAAAGAAAAGGCAGGUGUGCUCCCCAAGGGCUCUGGUGCUUGCUGGCUAGUGAAUUUGUUGCUUCUCUCAUUUCUCUUUGGUUUUAAGUAUCUAAUUACUCCUGAACUGGAGCUUUGUACAUGAAUACUUUUCCUCCUUACGUUCUGCAGCAAUAUUUUUUCUUGCCCUCCAUAGGCACUGGACAAGUAGACAUGCAGAACUGGUUUUAAUUUUUAUUUUUAAAUGACAGGAAGGUUCUGGCAAGGCAGCAUGUGGAGAGUACCCCUUUUUUGUUGUCCAUUACAAAGGCACAUUGAAAUAUUUCAGUCGGUUUUGUAGAUACGGUUACUUUCCUAGCAGUUCCUCCUGCCGGGGGAAAGAAAACGGCUCAGGUGUCUAGAAAGUUGUACAAUCCAGUUGCAUAAAUCUGAAAACCCUGAGUCUGGAAGGAUAACAUGGUGGAAGUUCAGGAUCUGAUAAUGAAAUAGAGGCUUGUAACAAUAUUGAUAGAGUCUUGUAUUGAUCUUGGUUAUACAGUAUGGGGAAACAUAAUGGUGACAAUCCCGAAGCCACUCUCUCAUGCACAGAGAGAGAUUCUAAUGUCUUCUAACCCAGCUGCAUUGAACAAAGUCUGUGAUGGUCUAGAACAGAAUGAGAUGUUAUUGUGUGUCUGUGGCUCAGAAACCAAUGCCACUCUUUCACCAGGUCCAUAGAGAUAUUUGUAUAAAAAAUAAUGUCAAAGGGAAUUAGGAGAAGACCUUUUUUUUUGCUGUUGUUCUAAACCAGGGAUAGAGAACCUAUUCUUGUGGCUCCAGUUUCCAGCAGACCCAGCCAGCAUGGGCAAUAGACAGGGAGGAUGGGAGUUGUAGUCCAACACCAUAUGGAGGGCUCCAGUUGUCCACUCACUGCUCUGCACUCACUUGCCACCUGCUACUUCUCUGAGUCAUCAUUGCUACCACCUGCUUGCUUGUCAGACACAGUCAAAAAACAAUCAGACAGUGACGGCUGGUUAUCAGCAUCACUACUGCAGCACAUAGAGGUCCAAAGGCAAUGGUGUAGUGGCUUAUGGAGAUGUCACCGAUCUGUUACCAUUCCUCUUGUAGGUCCCUGUUUCCAGUGUUCUAGAAUCACCCGGAAAGGGGAGCUUUUGUAGCCUCUGUAUGUUCUCAAGCUAAGCAUUUAGGGACACCAAGAACACAAGGUGCUUCAGUUUCAGGAGAAGGUUGUAAAAUGGAACUUCAUGGAAAAAAACCCACACAACUCAAGUCACUCUGAAAGAAGAUACUGGAACACUCUGUGGACACGCACAGAAAAUGGUAGUUCUAAAAAGUAAUAUUUUAGAAAGUUAUAUAAUUGUAGAAGGGAUAUAGCUGUGAGGGGGCAUGGCUAGGACUAGCAGGAAGGGACACUGCACUUCUAAAUUUGUCACUACAGUGGUACCUCUACUUACGAAUUUAAUGCGUUCCAAACACACAUUUGUAAGUCGAAAAAAAUUGUAAGUUGAAUCCCAUAGGAAUGCAUUGGGAGAAAAAUUCGUAAGUCGAAGCAACCCUAUCUA